UCUCUAGAAAGUACUACCCCUGUCACCACUUCUGAAAAAACUGCUAUGGUUGGCACUGCUUCUGUUGAAACUACACCUUCAGUUAGUUCAACGCAAGUAGUAUUGGAAACAUCCACAUUUGAAAUGAGACCUGCUGAAACAACAACCUCAGUUGUGUCUACACCUGGCAUAGCAUCUGCUAGUGGAAGCACAACGUAUCAAGCUGCCACGUGGCACCACCACUGCAGACACCACUAUCAUUGGCACCACUUGUGUGAUAAAAACAACUAUGACAGAUACCGAUUCCUUAGAAUGUACCACCACUUGUACACUCACUACCCUGUAGAAACUACUACCUUGGGAACCGCUUCUGUAGAAAGUACUACCCCCGUCACCACUUCUGAAGAAACGACUACCCUUGGCACCACUUCUGUUAAAACUACACCUUCAGUUAGUUCAACGCAAGUAAUAUUGGAAACAUCCACAUUUGAAAUUAGACCUGCUGAAACAACCUCAGUUGUGUCUACACCUGGCAUAGCAUCUGCUGGUGGAAGCACAAUGUAUCAAGCUGCCACUUGGCACCACCACUGCAGAAACCACUAUCAUUGGCACCACUUGUGUGAUAAAAACAACUAUGACAGAUACCGAUUCCUUAGAAUGUACCACCACUUGUACACUCACUACCCUGUAGAAACUACUACCUUAGGAACCGCUUCUGUAGAAAGUACUACCCCCUUCACCACUUCUGAAGAAACGACUACCCUUGGCACCACUUCUGUUAAAACUACACCUUCAGUUAGUUCAACGCAAGUAGUAUUGGAAACAUCCACAUUUGAAAUGAGACCUGCUGAAACAACAACCUCAGUUGUGUCUACACCUGGCAUAGCAUCUGCUGGUGGAAGCACAAUGUAUCAAGCUGCCACUUGGCACCACCACUGCAGACACCACUAUCAUUGGCACCACUUGUGUGAUAAAAACAACUAUGACAGAUACCGAUUCCUUAGAAUGUACCACCACUUGUACACGCUCUACCCUGUAGAAACUACUCCUGCAGAAACUACUGCCCUUGGCACAACUCCUGAAAAAACUACUACUCUGGGCACCACUUUUAAAGAAACUACUACCCUUGGACCUGCUUCUAUUAAAACUACACCGUCAGUUAGUUCAACGGGAUUAGUAUUGGAAACAUCCACAUUUGAAAUGAGACCUGCUGAAACAACCUCAGUUGUGUCUACACCUGGCAUAGCAUCUGCUGGUGGAAGCACAACGUAUCAAGCUGCCACUUGGCACCACCACUGCAGAAACCACUAUCAUUGGCACCACUUGUGUGAUAAAAACAACUAUGACAGAUACCGAUUCCUUAGAAUGUACCACCACUUGUACACACUCUACCCUGUAGAAACUACUCCUGCAGAAACUACUGCCCUUGGCACAACUCCUGAAAAAACUACUACUCUGGGCACCACUUUUAAAGAAACUACUACCCUUGGACCUGCUUCUAUUAAAACUACACCAUCAGUUAGUUCAACGGGAUUAGUAUUGGAAACAUCCACAUUUGAAAUGAGAACUGCUGAAACAACAACCUCAGUUGUGUCUACACCUGGCAUAGCAUCUGCUGUUGGAAGCACAACGUCUCAAACUGCCACUUGGCACCACCACUGCAGAAACCACUAUCAUUGGCACCACUUGUGUGAUAAAAACAACUAUGACCGAUACCGAUUCCUUAGAAUGUACCACCACUUGUACACACACUACCAUGUAGUAUCUAAUACCCUGGGCACAACUCCUGCAGAAACUACUACUCUGGGCACCACUUCUGUAGAAACUACUACCCUUGGCACUGCUUCUGUUGAAACUACACCUUCAGUUAGUUCAACGCAAGUAUUAUUGGAAACAGCCACAUUUGAAAUGAAACCUGCUGAAACAUCAACCUCAGUUGUAUCUACGCCUGGCAUAACAUCUGCUGUUAAUGUCACCACAUCUCAAACUGCCACUUGGCACCACCACUGCAGAAACCACUAUCAUUGGCACCACUUGUGUGAUAAAAACAACUAUGACAGAUACCGAUUCCUUAGAAUGUACCACAUCUUGUACACACACUACCCUGUAGAAACUACUACCCUGGGCACAACUCCUGCAGAAACUACUGCCCUUGGCACAACUCCUGAAGAAACUACUACCCUUGGACCUGCUUCUAUUGAAACUACACCGUCAGUUAGUUCAACGGUAUUAGUAUUGGAAACAUCCACAUUUGAAAUGAGAACUGCUGAAACAACAACCUCAGUUGUAUCUACACCUUUUAUAGCAUCUGCUGUUGGAAGCACAACGUAUCAAACUGCCACUUGGCACCACCACUGCAGAAACCACUAUCAUUUGCACCACUUGUGUGAUAAAAACAACUAUGACAGAUACCGAUUCCUUAGAAUGUACCACGACUUGUACACACACUACCCUGUAGAAACUACUCCUGCAGAAACCACUUCUGUAGAAACUACUCUGGGCACCACUUCUACAGAAACUACUUACCCUACUACGUGAUUCCUUGGAAUUGGCUGAAAGUAACACUUCUGCAGAAAGUGCUACCCUUGGCACAAUUUUUGUGGAAA